CGUACGACGAGAAUUAGGAUAACCUUAAAAGUAGGACCGGUAUUCACCCGUCGAACCCAAACCCAGCGCGUGUUAUGACAUAGUAUCGAGUACCUAAAACACGAACUUUUAAUUUUGAGCGCGAUAUUUAAGUGUCACUUAGAGGUCGCGCCGCAUAGAACUUCGCCCAAGGCUCUCCGCCGCGAGUCGUCGACCCGCCGUCACCUUGCUUCGCGGCAACUUACGCAAUUCGUUAAUCUUAUCAUCUGCAUGCACACUCGCGCGACCUCGGUGGCCCCCGAUUCCUCACUAAAUUCCCCGCCCGCUCGCGUGUGCCGACCGCUAUCCGCUCUGAUCCGACGCGCGGCCGCCCCGAUCUGGCGAGAAAUCGAGAAAAAAAAUUUGUUUACAAACAAAAUAAUUUCUACGAUCCGAAGAAAGUAACGAAAAAAUUGCAGUGUGAAAAUAAAAGUGGUCUACGACGGAGCGCUACGCGGCGUAGCGGCCGGCCGGCGGAAAAGCGGCGGAGAGAGGAGUGCCGCGCGCGCCGGUGGGACGAACUUGCGCCCGCGCGCGGCGCCGCGCCACCCGUAUUUAUUGGCAAGGCCACGCCAGCGGCGCGCCAGUGCGCAAGCGACACCGGCACGCUCUGUACGAUCUUAGGGUUCUCCUGCGUCGCCGCGAUUCACGUUCCGCGCUACAAUAUUAUGUCCAGUUGAUUCUCUAUUUAUUUACGCACGUUCAAACAAUAUUAUGACCAUGUUCGCGAACUCCGCGCUAUUAUGGGGGUUGUGGAAAAUCAUAGGGUUUUUUUCUGGGAUCUCACUCCUGUCGAUUCUCGUGUUCCUCUGUGUGACGUUAUCCGCGAUGUGGUUGAUCAAUAAAGUGCACGAAGUCUACGACCUGCCGCCGGGCCCGUGGGGGCUGCCCGUGGUGGGCUACCUCCCCUUCCUGAGCGUGCGACACAUCACGUUCCUGAAGCUGGCGCAGAAGUACGGGGCGAUAUUCUCCGUCCACCUCGGCAACCAGCUGACGAUCGUGCUCAGCGACUACAAACUGAUCAGGGAGGCCUUCCGCCUGGAGGAGUUCACGGGCCGCCCCAGCACGCCUCUCAUGCACAUUCUGAACGGAUUCGGCAUCAUCAACAGCGAGGGUCGCCUGUGGAAAAAUCAGCGACGUUUCCUUCACGAGAAGUUGAGAGGAUUCGGCAUGUCCAUCAUGGGCGACGCCAGAAAGACGAUGGUCGGCAGAAUAAAGAACGAAGUGCACGAUUUGGUGGGAAACAUCCGAAGAUCGGAGGGUGCGCCCAUCGAUGUCAACCCCCUCCUGGCUCUGGGUGUUUCUAAUGUCAUAUGCGGAAUCACCAUGUCGGUGCGGUUCACCGUCGGCGACGACAGGUUCAAGAGACUCAACUUCCUGAUCGAGGAGGGCAUGAGGCUGUUCGGAGAAAUCCACUACGGAGAAUACAUUCCACAAUAUAAUUAUCUUCCCGGCAAAGCGGAGAUCCAAGCGAGGCUGGCGACGAACCGUAAGGAAAUGUUCGAAUUCCAUCAAAUUGUAAUUGAUGAUCAUCGUAAAUCUCUCGACAUGGAUAAUCCGAGGGAUCUCGUCGACGUUUACCUGAUUGAAAUUGAAAAAGCUAAACUCGAAGGCAGGGAGAAGGAAUUGUUCGAAGGCAGAGAUCAUGAUCUACAAAUCAAACAAAUUCUGGGUGAUCUAUUCUCUGCCGGCAUGGAGACUAUCAAAUCUUCUCUAAUGUGGAUGCUCGUAUUCAUGCUGAGAAAUCCAGAUAUCAAAAAACGCGUUCAGGAGGAGCUGGACGCCGUCAUCGGCCACGAUCGUCUUCCCAGUCUCGAGGAUAUGCCUAACCUUCCCUACACGGAGGUCACAAUUCUGGAAUCGCUUCGCAUGUCGAGCAUCGUUCCCCUCGGCACCACACAUACCCCAACCAAAGACGUCUACUUCAACGGGCACAAAAUCCCGGCGGGCUCGCAGGUGGUGCCACUCAUCAACUGCGUCCACAUGGACCCCGAGUUGUGGGACGAGCCCAAGAAAUUCAACCCCAGCAGGUUCUUCGAUGAGACCGGCAAGAUCCACCGGCCCCAGUACUUCAUGCCCUUCGGGGUGGGGCGACGCAUGUGCCUCGGGGACGUGCUGGCACGCAUGGAGAUGUUCAUGUUCUUCAGCUCGAUAAUGCACCAGUUCGACAUUCAGCCCGAGGAGGGCGCGGCGCUGCCGUCCCUGGAGGGCAUCGUAGGCGCGACCAUCGCGCCGCAGGCCUUCCGCGUCAAGUUCGUGCCGCGCUGCCCGCCGAUGCAGUUAGCGUCGUCGCUGGUCGAGCACUCACACCUGCGCUACGUCGGCGCGCACUAGUCGCGCCACAUAGCGCGCGCCUCCAACGUAUCCCACCAGUAUUCCACGAUCACUCGUUUUAGAGCGAUAAUGACAUUUUACAUUUAAGUUAUUUAUAAGUGACCGUAUCGCGUCGCGAUGGUCGAGGCUGUGCAUAAAGUGUUCAAUAGUAUACCGCGUAAUUUUAAGUGUAAUCCCGAUCGCUGAGAUUAAUAUUUUUAUAGUUAUUUUGACUUCAGUAUUAUGUUAAGAUUCCGAGGGCGGACGGUAAUCACACGUACGAUGCUAAGUAAUCCUGAAUUAAUUCGUAUUGUAAGGUCUAGUUGUCAAUACCAAAAUGUUAUUUUAUUGUAGAUAAUUAUUUAUUGUAGAAUUCAGUGUGGAGCGUGUGUUGAGUGUGAUCUCAUGAGUGUCGGGGCGGGGUGGGCUCGCCGAAGCCGGACGAUGUUUUGACGCUUUGAAUUUUGUCCGUCUUAACUUUACUUGUCGCCCGACUUCGGUGAGCGUAUCCCAAUCCAGAGUAAUAUUAAGUUUGUUCGUGUUCAUUUCAAACAUUUCUAGUUAUUUUUACCCAUGAGUAAGUGUAGUAAGUAACAUUCCACUGUAGUUCGGAAACCAGCAGCUAGUCUAAGGUAAAUUUAACGCUGAGUGCGGUUCGUUCGGUUCUGUGACUUGAGUAGAGCACUGAGCAGUGUAAACUGUAAAGCAUUUUAGUUACGUAAACUUGUGUGCCGCCAGGUGAAUUACCAAUGUUUACCCUCUCUUAGUGCACUGCGUUGUUGUAGAAUAAGAAUUAAAUUAAAUAAAAGAUAAAACCUUUA